GCCGGUUAAACUCCCAGUUGGCCCCCUGGCCUUUGGGUGUCUCUGGCAGCCCUGGCAGCUGAACACUUCUUAGUUGACGAGACCGAGUCGUUCCAUGGGUGCGUGCCAAUGUAUCUGGAGGCUGUAAGGUGCAGAAUAGAUGGUGCGGUGCCCUGACAGCAGCUGCUCAUGCUGCACAAGCGCACGAGCUACGCUUCUCACCCAUGGCGUGUACCCAGUGCCUGCUGUGAAGCACAUGGCGACAACGAGCCUGCAUGUGCAGAAUCCCCUCCACCCUGUCAGUCACUGCGGCUAUUCCCAACUUAUUGUUACCGUUGCCUUGUGGAUUGCUCCCUCGCCACGCAUAUAAGUUCCCGCACCCCUAGCAUGUGCAUCUCAUUUUGAAAGUUGUGCGGCCGCCCCUGCCAGUCAUUCUUUCCAGCAGUUGCUGUCUGGCUGCCUCCAGUCCCCUCAUUCGCUUUGGUCUACCGCUGUACCCUUCUCUUGCAUUAUUCUCGAAGGAUUCCUGGCUCUGUAGACUUCUUCUGAGGCACCAUGGUUGGACUCAGAGUCAUGAGCGGCCUCCUGGCUGCCAUUGGUCUCGUACAGGCCAGCAACGUCGUUCCAGGCGCCUUUAUCGUCGAGUAUGAGGACGGGGUUGACGUUGACGCGGAGCUGUCGUCCGUGCAAGACGUGGCCUCGACCCGGAUGAAGCUUGAUUACAAGCUGUUCAAGGGCGCUUCUAUCCGCUUCCAUGACACUGACACCGCCAAUGACCAGGCUGAUCUUCUGGGAACAAAGCCUGCCGUAAAGAAUAUGUGGCCCGUCAGACUUUAUAAUGUACCCAAGCACGAGGUUCACUGGGUCGCAGGAGAAAAUGCCCUAGAGGACAGUGCGGCGGAAACGCGGCAAGCCCCAGAGGAUACCUUCUCGCCUCAUAUCAUGACCCAGGUCAACCAGCUGAGGGACCAGGGUGUCGUGGGCGAAGGAAUUAAAGUGGCAGUUGUUGAUACUGGUAUCGAUUACCGUCAUCCCUCUCUCGGUGGCUGCUUCGGUCCCGGAUGCCUAGUCUCUUUCGGCUACGAUCUCGUUGGAGACGCGUUCAAUGGGUCCAAUGUCCCAUUCCCGGACCCAGAUCCUUUCGAUUGCGGUGGUCACGGAACCCACGUCGCUGGUAUUGUCGCCGCUCAGACCAACAACCCUUACGGCAUUAUUGGCGCCGCAACAGGAGUGACCCUUGGCGCUUACCGCGUCUUCGGUUGCGACGGAUCGUCGCCGGAUGAUGUCCUUAUUGCUGCAUUCAACAUGGCGUACGAGGCGGGCGCUGAUCUCAUCACUGCGUCUAUCGGGGGUCCUUCCGGUUGGAGCGAGGAGCCUUGGGCAGUGGCCGUUUCACGAAUCGUCGAGAACGGCGUCCCCUGCACCAUCUCCGCGGGUAACGACGGCGCCGAAGGUCUUUUCUACGCCAGCACCGCAGCAAACGGGAAGGGAGUAACUGCUAUUGCGUCCAUUGACAACUCGGUGACACCGGCCCUACUCAGCCUUGCUAGUUAUACGGUCGAGUCCAACGGAACUGAGGAGUCCUUUGGCUUUACGGCCGGGCAGCCUGCGGCCUGGGCUGGUGUCACUUUGCCUCUGUGGUCUGUUAACUACGACACCACCGAUCCCGCAAACGCCUGUGCUGCUCUACCGGCUGAUACUCCUGACCUAUCCGAGUACAUCGUCCUCGUGCGCAGAGGCACUUGUACUUUCGUCCAGAAGCUGGCGAACGUGGUUGCAAAGGGCGCACGUCACGUGAUCAUCUAUAACAACGUGCCAAGUGGUGCCACUGCUGUCAGUGGGACUAGUGUACCAGGACUUGAGGCUGUUGCGAUGGUGACCGCAGACACUGGGGCCAAGUGGAUAGCUGCGCUCUCAGCCGGUCAAAAUGUGACGGUCGCGAUGACCGACCCUGCCACUGCGGAGAAGUCCUUGACUCUGACGCCCAACAACCUGACGGGUGGAUUCCUUAGCUUGUACACUUCUUGGGGCCCGACAUAUGAGGUUGACUUCAAGCCUCAGCUUGCGUCCCCCGGCGGACUCAUCCUCUCCACGUAUCCCACUGCUCUAGGUUCCUAUGCGGUGCUCUCGGGAACGUCCAUGGCUUGUCCCCUCGUUGCCGGCAUCUAUGCUCUCCUGAUGGAGGUAAGGGGAACAAAGGACCCAAAGACCCUCGAGAACGCGCUUUCUUCGACGUCGAACCCCAACCUGUUCAAUGAUGGUCAGAAGACCUACCCUCUGCUGGCACCAGCCGCGCAACAAGGCUCGGGCAUAGUCCAAGCUUACGAUGCUGCAUACGCGACGUCUCUCCUCAGCGUCAGCAGCCUCUCGUUCAACGACACGGACAACAUACUACCCGUGCAGAACUUUGCGGUUUCUAACACUGGAAAGUCCUCGGUCAUCUACACUCUAGGCCACGUAGGUGCGGCUACUGGAUACACCCUUCCCCCCAAUGGCAGCAUCUUCCCUGCCCCCUUCCCCAACGAGCUCCACAACGACUAUGCGACUCUUGAGUUCAUCAGCGGAACCUCUUUCACGUUGCCGGCUGGCCAACGCAAGAUAGUGAGCGUAAAGGCUACACCUCCUGCUGGGCUUGAAGCAGCGAGGCUGCCCGUCUACUCGGGCUACAUCACGAUCAACGGUUCCGACUCGUCAAGCCUAUCGCUCCCCUACCUAGGCGUUGCUGGGUCUUUGCACUCCGCCACAGUCUUAGAUCCAGCUGAGACGUAUCUGAGCAGCUCUGUCGCCGUCGCCGAAGCACCCGUCUCUGCGAACCACACCUUCAUGCUGCCGCCACCCGGCCACUCCAACGAAAGCCAGUACAAUUCGAACAGCACAGACUACCCGAUGUUGUUCAUCAAUCUGGCACUUGGCUCGGCAGUGGUCCGCAUCGAUGUUGUGCCCACAUCUUCGGAGGUCAACACCACCGAGUCGCUCGGACUUGCUACCAUUGGUGAUCUGUACCAGACACCUUAUGAGUAUCAACCCCGGGGCCCGCAAUCGACGCCUGCCUGGGACGGACGACUUGCAUCCGGCGAGUACGCACCUGCUGGUACCUACAAGUUGGUGGUUCGAGCCAUGAAAAUCUUUGGUGACCGGAACAACGCAGACGACUAUGAGACCGCUGAGACGAUUGAAUUCGGAAUUCAAUACAUAGGCGCCACCUCGUACAAGAGGGCCGACAGGGUGCGUAAAGAGUGGAUCGGUUAG